UAAGUUAGCAGCGCUUUUCUAUCAGCUGACUGCUGUUUAUGUUUUUACAAAAUACAAGCAAAUAUUUAAAACACGACAAUGGCAUUUUGUAUAGCUGUAAUUGGCAAGGAUAAUGCCCCGUUAUACUUGGCCACAUCGGAUUUGGAGCGGGAAUUGGAUUUACAAUACCAUGUUCAUGCAGCUCUUGACGUGGUCGAGGAAAAGUGCUUAAUUGGCAAGGGUGCUCCAGAUUCUAAGGAGCUGUACUUGGGAUUGCUCUAUUCCACCGAGAUUCACAAAAUCUAUGGAUUUGUCACAAACUCCCGAGUUAAGUUCAUAGUCGUCAUCGAUUCCAGCAAUGUUGCUCUGAGGGAGAACGAAGUUCGUGCGAUAUUUCGCAAUUUGCAUAUGCUCUAUACAGAUGCUGUUUGUAAUCCGUUUUAUAUUCCGGGCGAGCAAUUGGUCUCCAAGAAAUUUGAUCGAGCUGUGCAAAAAUUGAUGAACGGAAGUGCUUAAUUUAAGUAGUACAUAGUAAUUACUCAAAAUAAAUACAAAUCAGUACUAUUAACAUUACUCGCAGUUGCUUAAUUUGUAUUUUUUAUUUAUAUUUAAAAUAUAUUGUUCUAUCUUUUACUUAAUUAAAAAUUGGGUGAAAUUGGAUGGACUUAAAGUGAUAUUACGUUACCUACUUUAAGUGACAAAAAAAAACAA